CCUAAGCCUCCUUCCAGCCUUAGUCCCAACCUGAAGAGGCUACACCCGGGUGGAGUCUUACAUCACAAGAGCUUUCCAAAAUGAGAAGCCAAGAAGACUUGGCCAAAGUUCCCUCUUAAGUUUCGUGGAGAGAGACUCAGGUAUAGAAAUAUCCUUCCUGCCGCCUGACCCGAAGCAGGAGAAACUGCUGACAGCUUGGAGACCAGAUGAAAAAAAUGAAGGCAGAAAUAAAUUAAGGUAUGUAGCCUGUCACACAGCUAGUAAGCCGAUGACCCAGGAUUUGAACCACGUUAUCCGUCUCAAGUUAGACGAUAUGAAUCGCAUCUUGUAAAUGGAAAAACUACACCUCGUUGGAGACUACAUGACUUGCCUCAGCCCCCUUGCCAAUAAGUAUGAAAAGCAGCUCUUCAACCACCUUUUCACCCCACGUGCUACACUCUCCCCAUUACGCCGCCCGAAAACCCCUUGCAACUUCUCUAGAACAGCGUGGCCGGCCCCCUGCCAUGUGCACCAGUAGUGCCUGCGACCUGGAGGAGAUCCCCCUGGAUGAUGAUGACCCAGACAGCAUGGAAUUCAAAAUCCUGGAGUUCUACGUCAAACACCACGUCUUCAAGAACACCUCUGCUGUCUUCUCACGAAAGCUCCUGAGAACAAGAAGUUUGUCCCAGAAAGGACCAGAGAGUUGGCCGGCAAACAAAGCAUGGACACAGGGACCGUGGACUUGCAGAAAUUCCCAAUCCACGGAGAAGGCCAUAAACGUUGCCAAGAAAAAGUCGUCUUGGAGAACACUCUUUGGAGUAGCAGAGAAGGAGGAGGACUCUCAGAGCUCACCUCCGGAGAUCCUUUUUGAGCUGCAAAGUCCGGUGGGACCUCAGAGUGGUCCUCACGGUCGGCAGUGGCCGAGGUCCCUCUCCCAUGUGGAACAGCGCUUAGAGCGUGAAGCCGUGGACCCCAAAGUUGUUUCCAUUGCCAACCGAGUUGCUGAAAUCGUUUAUUCCUGGCCGCCGCCAGAAGAGCUCCACAGCCAGGGAGGAAGCUUCAAGUCCAGAACGAUUGUGGCACGCCAGGGUCUCCAGCACCAGGGCUUCCAGCCUACAGCUGCAGGUGGGAAGAGAGACGGAAAAGACCAGAUAAUAGCCAGAAUCGUUGAGCUGCUGAAAUAUUCGGGGGAUCAGUUGGAAAGAGAGUUGAAGAGAGACAAGGCUUUGAUGAACAGCUUCCAGGGCGGGCUGUCCUACUCUGUUUUCACGACCAUCACAGACCAGUUCCUAAGCGGUGUGGACACCAGGGGAGAAUCAGAGGUCAAAGCUCAGGGCUUUAAGGCUGCUCUUGCAAUAGACGUCAUGGCCAAGCUCACAGGCAUCGACAGCCAUCCCAUGAACAGGGUGCUGGGCUUUGGAACCAAGUACCUGAGGGAGAACUUCUCGCCCUGGGUCCAGCAGCACGGUGGCUGGGAAAAAGUACUUGGGAUAUCACAUGAAGAAGUAGACUGAAACAUCAGAGGAUUUGUAAUCUGGAAUACUCAUGGUCCAACUCUGGUCUUGUGUACAUCAGUCUUAGCACAGACUAUGGGAGAAAACAAAGAUGGACAAGGCAGAUGGACCAUCAAAAUCUGCAAAACCAUUAUUCCUGCAAAUCAAGAGGCAUCAGGAGAGGCCUUGAAAUCUCCGGCUCAUAGAAUCUAGUAGCAUGGCCCUCGGCAUCCGUGUUUUCAGGUCUCCACUGAGUGUGUAAGGAAGUCUCGAAAGACAAGUGGUAAUUUUCCAUUCAAAUGCUUAGAACAGAAGCCAUCACCCUGCCUCUGCCGGCCACUUUAGUGAAAGUGUGUGACAGAGGUUUGUUGACCUCAUGAAGGUGAAAUGAUAAACGGUGCGUUUGCUUACUCUUUCGUUUCCAGUACUAUUUAUUUUUCAAACUUCACUUGAGAUGGCCUGAUAAUGACAUUGUUUCAAGCCUACCUUUAGGCCCAUGUGGCUGUUCAUGUUGGUAGACAGAGCUCAGAGACUCCUGAGUUUACUGCUGUAUCCACUAGCCUGGGGAGGGACUGCCGUAUCUGCUUUUGCGGUACGUGGGCCUCUCACUGUUGUGGCCUCUCCCGUUGCGGAGCGCAGGCUCAGCGGCCACGGCUCACGGGCCCAGCUGCUCUGAGGCAUGUGGGAUCCUCCCAGACCGGGGCACGAACCCGUGUCCCCUGCAUCGGCAGGCGGACUCUCAACCACUGUGCCACCAGGGAAGCCCCGUACCUGCUUUUUGACUCACUUCUCUUGGAGAAUUCUUUGGCAGUUUGAAAAACUUCCAUUUGGCAGAAAACGACUAUUCCUAUCACCCUCAACUAUCUCAGUGACCCCACCUCUACUUCUCGAGGUUUCUAGGCCUUUGUUAUUUUUUGCGGUAAUGAUUAGUGGUUGGUAAAAUAAAUAUGCGGAAAGGUAACUGUCAAAAGAGUAUGUUUAUGGUUAAAAUAAACAGUAAGUAAGAGUAUACGAUUUCUGUGAGGAUCAUAUAAGUUAAUUUAUAUCAAGCGCAUAGAACGGGGCUUGGUGUUUAGUGCUGUAUUCACUUAUGUCCGCUAUUGCGUGCUAAGCUGAAAACUUCCUUUGCUUUCAAAGCAGUCACUGAUAGUUUUUCUGAAAUUGAUACUGUUCAGAAUGAGGCUUUUUAGUAAGUAAAGUAUGUUCCAGAGUGGGUGUUUAAGACACAAAACAAUUUUUUAAAAUACUACCAAAUUAGAGUCUUACGAAUUUCUGGCUCCCUAGCACCCAGCACGUAGCCUGAUGUAAAGUAGGAGUUUAACAGACCUCUGAUGAACGAAUAAAUGAAUGAGUUUAUCAGACAUAUUUUCAGCUUCAAGGGAAAACUGGAGCUAUCUAUUAUCACAUGCUUCACUACUCUACUCUGGAUUAAAAUGAGUUAUUCUCUUUUACCUUCUUCCGCCUACACUGAAACUCACAAAUUUUAGGGCUCAAGGGGUUUCCUUUUACAGAUGGAGACACUAGAGACCACCUCUCUCCAUUCCAAACUAUUUGCAGUUCCCCAAAUGUAUUAUGUAACCUUGUACCUCUGAGCCUCAUAACAUUUUCCCCACUUGGACUAUUCUUGUCUGUCGGUCCUCUUUCCCCCGUUUUCCCUAAUCCAACUAAUUCUAGCCCAUUUUUGAAAAUCCAUUCCUUCAUUUUCUCCAGGAAGCAUUUGCUAACCCUCCCUGGGCCACCAUGAGACUGUAUUUGGAUGCCUUUCCUCAUAAGGAUGUUCCAUAUCACCCUGUAUAGAGACAUUAUACCUAAUACAUUGUAUCAUAAAAAUGAGUCUUUUGCACUGGAUUAUAAAUUAUUUUGUAAACAAC